GGAGAGGGGCGGGAGGCGGGCGGCGCUGCCCGCCGGGCCCCCCCGAGCCGCCGCAGCCGGCAGGGCUCGGCGCUCCGGGCCGCCGCGCUGCGCGGGGGCAGCGCGGGGAGGAGGGGCCUGUGCUCGGGCAGGGCUGCUGAGAGCUGCUCUGCCGUCCGGUGCGCUCCGAAAGCUCCUGGAGCAGCGUCUGUUCAGUCGUGGCUUCCUCAGAGGCCGCUGCCCGCAGCAGCGACCCGCCCGGCGUGCGGGGCGCCGGGUCCGUGCGGGGCGCCGGGCCCGUGCGGGCGGCCGGGCGUGCCUGCCCCGCGGCUCCUGGCCUGCCCGGCAGCGAGUGGUUGCUGAGGGACAAGCCCGGCAGCGGUCUGGGGGCUGAGGCCCAGCGCUGCAUCCCGGACCCGAGCUCCUCCUCCUGCGUCUUCUCUUAGUUUCUGCAUUGCAAGCGGUCUUCAGCGCGCUGUCCUCCUCCUGUGUUCUCUUCCUUCCACCUGCUCAGAAUUCCUGAAGCUUUUUAAUGACAAUAUUCCUCCCUGAAGCUGGGAAGUAGUGCUACAGCACUCCCUGACUGGGAUCCAGCCUCCUGCUUCUCCACAUGGGCUGGCCGAAUGUGAAGGGGGGCAACAGAAGUGGUUGGGGAAGAUACAGGAAAAGUGCUUCUGGAGUAUUCUCAGAGCUCCCAGUAACUCAGCUCUAAGGCUGUAAAUGAAACGUGCAUCUCACUUUGAUUUUCAGGAACAUGUUAGGUAGUAAUGGCUACAAUCAGUUGUUCUUCAGAAGCAGGGCUUGUUUUGGUGUUGUGGUUUUUUUUAUGUAAUGGAACCUUUGGAGGAGGAAUUGCAUUGGAUGCACUUUGUAGGAUGCUUAGAUUGUGGUUACAAAUAAUAAAAAUAAUCUAAGGCUUUUAAAGUGGACAUGCUUCUUUCUAAACCUCUGCCUUCAUAUGCAUCAGAAACUGGCCUUUGCAACAGUCUGUAAACAAGGUAGCAGCAUUUUUUUAAUGAAUCAGAAGGUCAGGGAAAUUUUAGUAGAGAUCUUGAGGGACUUUCUCCCAUUACACAUGAAGAGCACCAGAGGAACAUUCCUACUUCUGUUCUCAGAAUUCUUUUCGAGUUUUCAGAUUUGGUCCCCUUUGGACAGAGUCACUCUGGUGUUUGCCAAUAAUUCCUUCCCUUGAUGAAAAUGACAGCUUUAAUUUUUAUUUUUCCUACCUAGAAGAUCUUCCUUGAAUCAAUUAUGAAAAAAUGUUUAGAAAAGGAAAAAAACGACACAGCAGCAGCAGCUCACAAAGCAGUGAGAUCAGUACUAAAAGCAAGGUUUUGGAAUGAUCAGUUGAAUAUUCUGGAUUUUCCAAGGUGCCAUGUCACUUCCCUUGCACUGCUAUGUUCUUACAAGCAUGUAGUUGUCAAUUUCUUCAAGUUAAGAUGCCGUACCAGAAAAGUCUGGACAUAACCUUAAGUCUGUAGAUUCCAGUCUUGGGGGACUUUCCAGAUCUAGUACCGUGGCUAGUCUAGAUACGGACUCCACAAAAAGUUCAGGACAAAGCAAUAGUAAUUCUGAUACGUGUGCAGAAUUCAGAGUUAAAUACGUUGGUGCCAUUGAAAAAUUGAAAUAUAAUGAGAGCAAAAGUCUCGAAGGGCCGUUGGACUUGAUAAAUUACAUAGAUGUUGCACAGCAAGAUGGAAAGUUACCUUUUGUUCCAGGUGAAGAGGAGUUCAUUAUGGGAGUUUCCAAAUACGGCAUUAAAGUUUCAACGUCUGAUCAGUAUGAUGUGUUACAUAGGCACGCUCUCUAUUUAAUUGUACGGAUGGUCUGCUAUGAUGAUGGUCUGGGAGCAGGAAAAAGUUUACUGGCUUUGAAGACAACAGAUGCAGCCUCUGAAGAAUGCAGCCUCUGGGUGUAUCAGUGCAAUAGUUUGGAACAAGCACAAGCUAUUUGUAAAGUGUUAUCCACAGCCUUUGAUUCAGUUUUAAUGUCAGAGAAAUCCUGAUUUUCUUCAGCAGCACAUGACUGUGUAGUACAAGAGGCCUUUGUCUUGGGAGGAAAUGGGGCUACUGUGGGACAGAUGCCACAGACUGGCUGUAGCUACACACAGACCUAGAGAAGACUUGCUGUGCAAAGAAGAGCCAUGCAACCUUGCACUUGGUACUUUGUCAUUCCGCAAACACGACUUGAAGAAAUUAUUCCAUCUCCAGUUUCCAGGACAAUACAGAAUUUUAUAUUUAACAUGACUUUUUUUUUUUUUUCCUAAAACGUGUUUUGUAUAUUAAUGUCAAUAUUGUAGAAAUGUAAAAUAAACCUGAGACUUGCUUCUGUUGCUUUGUCUGAAAAA